UGAGCCCCGCCCUUUACCUCGCCAGGAUGUAUUUUUUAUUUCGCUGGUUUGUUUAUGACGCGGUGCAGCGACUUCGCUAGCUUGACAGCUAACAGAGUGUAUGCUGUUGGAAAAACGCGCAUUUUAUUGGUGUCUGCUUUCACGGGAGAUGCUGUGCAGGGAGCGAGACAGAUUUAAAAGAGGGUAGAAAGAUAGCAGUAGGCGUUGGUCCGCCGUUCGAACAGAUUGCAUUUUGUUAGCCUAGCAUUUGGCUAGCGUACUGUAACGUUAUGACGUGACGUUGGACAGGAAAGUGGUUGUUUGACGACGCCUGUGCCAAGCGUUUUAAAUUUAAACAAAUAUAUUGAGAAGGCAGUAACGUUAUAUAAAAGGACGCGUGCAUGUGUGUAACACCUGCCCUAGCAGGUUAGGCUUUUAGACAGCUGCCUAGUGACUAACUUUCACUAGCUAGCGAGCUAAACUCAUGAUAGCAUGGCGUCAGAUACAAGUGACACCGAGGAAUUUUAUGAUGCUCCCGAGGACGUUAAUUUCACCCCAUCUCCAAAAGUGUCACCUGCAAAGUUUGUCAUUCCUUCGCCUCAGCUUCCACAGAGAUCAGUAAACGCUGCACAGGAUGUGAGCUGCGGAGUGGUCACAUCUGAAACUCAGCAAGAUGAUUCCCUACUGAUCAUUGAUAGCAUCAUAGAGGAGAGUCAAAAGGGAAGUGUUGGUGAGGUGGCUCAGCAGUUAGAUCAGCUUCAGGUUGACGUAAGAGCAGAACCAGAGCCAAAGGAACAGAAUAAUGCUCAGGAAGUUCCUGUGGAGUAUGCAUCGCCCGCUCUCGAACCUCAGCUUGUCGAGAGGCCAGAGGAACUACAGGAAGAUGCAGCAACAAACGAAGCAUGCGCUGUACCUGCCCCUGAACCCACAGACCUCCCUGGGCCCUUAGUUGCGUCACAAGAAGGUGUUCAGCCCCCAGACAUCACCAGCACUUUUGGACAGAGUCACCCUGAUGAGGCUGUUGUGGUUGCAGAAGGGAAGCAGGAGCAGAGACCUGCAGAUAUCUUAGAACAGGUCCCAUUUACAGACAGGCUGGCUGACUCGGACUCCUCUGGGCCUAUGAAACCCCCACGGCAGUUCACAGUGGAACCAGACAUUGUAGCCAGCACCAAGAAGCCCCCUCCUCCCUCGCGCCCACCCCCUCCGAGCGGAGGUCCUCCACCGAGACCGCCUCCACCGUCUUGGCAGGGUCUACCCUCCAAGAAGUCUCAGGAGUGUCUGAGGCCAAGUGGACUGGAAGUGUCUGCGCUCAGUCAAGUCAGCUGUGAUGCUCUGGAGCCCUCCGGCCUGGUGUCUCCAAGCAGCACUGUGAGGAGUCUAACCAAAGAGCUGCAGCAUUCCUUGGAUCUGGCCAGUGCCACCAGUGGGGACAAAGUGGUUACAGCACAGGAAAAUGAGGAUGAACAGGCCUCAUCUGAGAGUGGAGCACAAACUCCAGGCCCUCAGCGUCCCCGUUCUAACUCUGGUAGAGAACUGACAGAUGAAGAAAUCCUGGCCAGUGUGAUGAUCAAGAAUCUGGACACUGGGGAAGAGAUCCCUCUCAUCCAGGCAGAAGAGAAACUUCCUUCAGGGAUUAACCCCCUCACUCUGCACAUCAUGAGAAGGACCAAGGAGUACAUUACGAAUGAUGCAGCACAGUCAGAUGAUGAUGACAAGCCUCAGGCUCCACUGGCAGACACAGAUGGAGGAAAACUGAAACAGAAAACAACCCAAUUAAAAAAAUUCCUGGGCAAGUCUGUGAAGAAGGCCAAGCAUCUCGCUGAGGAAUAUGGAGAGAAGGCAGUCAACAAAGUAAAAAGUGUGCGUGAUGAAGUGUUCCAUACAGAUCAGGACGAUCCGUCAUCAAGCGACGAUGAGGGCAUGCCUUACACCAGGCCUGCUAAGUUCAAGGCAGCACACAGCUUCAAGGGUCCCUUUGACUUUGAUCAGAUUAAGGUUGUGCAGGACCUGAGUGGGGAACACAUGGGGGCUGUUUGGACGAUGAAGUUCUCUCACUGUGGGAGGCUGCUGGCAACCGCAGGCCAAGAUAAUGUGGUUCGCAUCUGGGUCUUGAAGACUGCUUUUGACUACUUCAAUAAUAUGAGAUUAAAGUACAACACUGAAGGUCGAGUUUCACCUUCUCCUUCUCAGGAAAGUUUAUGCUCUUCUAAAUCUGAUGAUCACGGGGCAAGUUGUGUUCCAGAGGACCCAGAGACAGAAGAUAGAAAUGCCCCUUUCCGUCAAGUCCCCUUCUGCAAGUAUAAAGGUCAUACAGCUGAUCUGUUGGACCUAUCCUGGUCAAAGAACUUUUUCCUACUCUCCUCUUCCAUGGAUAAAACAGUCAGAUUAUGGCACAUAUCCAGGAGAGAGUGCCUCUGCUGCUUUCAGCACAUUGAUUUUGUCACAGCCAUUGCUUUCCAUCCCAGAGACGACAGAUACUUUUUAAGUGGGUCUCUGGAUGGAAAGCUACGGCUCUGGAACAUUCCAGACAAGAAGGUGGCGCUGUGGAAUGAGGUGGAUGGCCAAACGCGCCUUAUCACCGCAGCGAACUUCUGCCAAAACGGGAAGUAUGCUGUCAUUGGCACCUACGAUGGUCGAUGCAUCUUCUAUGACACAGAGCGUCUGAAAUACCACACUCAAAUUCAUGUGAGGUCCACCAGAGGCAGGAACAAAGUUGGACGCAAAAUCACUGGCAUUGAACCUCUACCUGGAGAGAAUAAGAUUUUGGUGACCUCCAAUGAUUGCCGUAUUCGUCUUUAUGAUCUAAGGGACUUGUCUUUAUCCAUGAAAUACAAAGGUUAUGUCAACAGUAGCAGCCAGAUCAAGGCGAGCUUCAGUCAUGACUACUCCUUCAUAGUCAGUGGCUCAGAGGAUAAGUACGUGUACAUCUGGAGCACUUACCACGACCUGAGUAAAUUCACAUCCGUACGACGGGACCGCAAUGACUUCUGGGAAGGGAUUAAAGCACACAAUGCAGUGGUCACCUCAGCGAUUUUUGCACCCCACCCAGGCCUUAUUGUUCCACAAGAAGCCGGGGCAGACAAACCAGAAGCAGAGUGUAAGAGCCUGGACUCCACAGACUCUGAAACGAUACCCUCAGGAGCCCUAAAGACAGAUCACACAGAGGUUCUACUCUCUGCUGACUUCACUGGAGCCAUCAAGGUUUUCAUCAAUGUAAAAAAGUACUGAGCACUACGGAGGUUGUCAGGUAUUCACAUUCAGGCCUGUCUGUCGGAGAUCAGUCCUAAAGAUGAAGGACAGCCCGUUGUGGGGGGCCAUCUGACAUCACCCAACUACCUAAUUGUUAUUACUCUGAGGCAAAGAGCUGAGCUGUCUGUAGCUUUUUUCGGGAGAGCAGGGACCCUAAAAUGCAAGACGAGGUAAUGGGUGGAGGAAAUGGACUUCACAAAACAGACCAGGUGUGAUUCCCUGUCACAUUUCUAUUUUUUAUCUUUAAUACCAAGCAACUGUGAUUGGUUUGGCAUUAAGAGAAAAAGAGAGCAGGAAAUGCCAAGCUUUCGGGGUUUGAGCAGAAACUAAAUCUGUUUAGAUAUGAGUAUGUACAUUUACAGCUGUAUGGUCAAGAAUCAGUACAGCAGUAUAACAGUAUGGGCACCUUACUUGUUUGUUUUGCUCCCACAGUUCAGAAAAAUUAAGAUAACUUCUAAGUGAAAGACACUGUCCUAAUGUCAGUCACACAUUUCAAUGUGUCUUGUGUAAAGAGUUAUAACCCUUUGUUUUGAAAGCAAGGUGGUUUAUAACAUCAUUUACAAAUUUUUUGUGCCUAAUGAAAUCUAGAUCGCUUUUCUAAAUUCAACUUCAAGCUUUCCUCUAAAAUAUAUCAAACAUUUCAGCUGAUGACAGCAAAUCUACAGUACAGGAAAUCUGUAUACGGUUACUAAUGAAUAGGGCUGGGUAUCUUAUAAUUUUUUUUUCAAACAAUACUGGCUCGUAAGUACUUUUUUAUAAAUGUUUUUGUUCAAUGAAAGCACAUUUCAUUAUAUAAACUAGUACUGUAAAUUUAGUGUGUAACAUUGCAUACUUACUGCUUUUGUAAACAGAAAAAAAAAUAAUGCUCUAUUAAUUUCCUCAAUAAAAAUCCAUACAAACUUGAAGAAUGCUUGUUAACCUUUUUUAACAAUUCAGUAUAAAUAUUUUGAUACCUGGCCCUACCAAUCAUUUCCUCCCCCCCCACACACACACACUCAUUCAUCACCAACAGUGAUUUAUUUAGUGUCAGAACUUUGCAGCCACAUUUCUGGUUAUCAUUUUAAAAACAAAACAUUAAAACAAAAAUAUAUAUAAUUAGUUACAGUGUUCAGACUUCAUCAUACAAAAGAGUGCACUGAAUCUUGCAUGGAUAGUGAAAGUUGGGACCAAGACAACAGACACGCCAGUCUGUUUAAAAGAGCACUGCAGGAGCCAAUGGAUGACGAGGUCCAGAGUUGAGUCAAUGUUUGCUCUUCUUUGUCUUCUUGUGGGAGCGGUGUGGUGACCGUGAGCUGGACUUCCCUGCCUUCCGGUCUGGAGAUGGUGAUCGGGAACGUUUGGACCAUUUGGGAGACCUUGUCCUAUUGAAUGGACAAAAAAACAUAUGGUAACAGAUUGACUUCAACAGUAACAAUCAGGAUUUGAUACAUCACAAAAACAUCUCAUUGUACAUACUUUAAAGGAGAGAUGCUUGUGGAUUUUCUGGUCCGGUCAUCAGGAUCUCUACUCCAUCGUCGUCUUCUGUCCCCGUCUUCACUUCUUUUGCUCCUUUCUUUGUCCUUUCUGUCAUCCUUUGACUUUUCUUUAGACUUUGAUGUCAUUGUCAUAUUCUUUUCUUCAUCUUUUUCAAAUUCCUGUAACAGACAGGGUAAAACAUCUCAACGAAGUCACAUGCAGAUUCCAUGUCUUUACCUGGUAGUGAUGCUAACACCACAUGGGACUGGCUUGUAACUCAUUCAUGCCUAAUAGCCUGCAGGUUCUCCACAAGUGGGAGCUGCAGACUUGCAGACUUGCAUGUCUUCAUAGCAACGUUGACACCUACUUAGAAAGUAAUUUUUUUUUUUUUUUUUUUUAAAAGAUGCUGUUUUCUUUGUGUGGCCAGAAUUAUUACUGUGUUAUAAGUACAGCAUCCUAAUUGAUUUAGUGAAACCUCUAAAUUGACACAGUAGAGCUGCCAGAACACCCGUUAAGUUUUUUGUUUGGACAAAAGAGCGCAUGAUUAUUAUUGGAGCAGGGUAAACUCUGUUCUUACUUUAGUAGACUGUGCUCUUUUCUUUUGUAUGUUUAACACAAACAGCAGCUUAAACAACUGUAGCUUGACUUCACUGUAGAUGUUGCACAACGGACUUAAUCUGCAGAUCUGAAACUGCCAGUUCUGUGGCUCUGUGGUUGCACCUUGGUGGUGUCUGGUUUUGAGCGCUUUGCAUCGGUAACGCGUUUAUUUAUUAUUUUUUUUACACUGUGCCAGUUGACUCGUUUCAUAGUCUAAUUUUAAUGUACUGAUAACAAGCACUUUUGUGUAUUUUAUCCCACACUGUUCUCAAUUAAAGAAAUAUUUCUAUUACA